ACUAGCAAAUAUACUAUUUACUCUAAUAACCUUCUUUGGAACACAUUAAAAGUAAAUUAUUAUUAUCUUAUCAUAAACAGUGUACUUUAACACUGGAAGCGGUAAUACUGCUCUGAGAUAAUGUUUACAACUGACCCAUCUCAGCCUCGUUCUGGCAAAGGAAUGUAAAGCAUGCAUAUAAUUUGAGAAGGGGCUAUACUGAAACUACACACUGUUUCUGAAACUUGCCUUUUGGUUCAGAUUACUGAAAUAUCCCAAUAUCUAUGUAACACAAAUUUAAAACUAGAUAUUACAUGUAUAUAGAAAUCAAAACACUUUUUGAAUACUUUCUUAUUUAGGGGGUUAGGAGCAGUAAAAUUAACAAAACAUGCAUUUCUGACUGCAGCCUAGCUAACUCUUUGUAUAAGGUCAUUUUUUACAUUAAAUUUCUGUGCACUAAAUCAUCCUUAGCAAGACAAAUAUAGAUAAAAGUCAUUAUAUUUGGAGAAAAGAUUCAUUUGGGUUCAUUUGGUGUAAUGGAGUUAAUAAUAGAAUUACCUCCUUUGAAAGCAAGCUCUUCACAAGGAAGGUUUCCGGGAAAUUAAAAUGGAGAAAACGGAGGCAGUACCUGAAAAGAAACGAAAAAUUGAAGCUGACAAUGACCAUGGAGAUGGAUCGCCACCGAUUUUGAAAAGUUUUGAAGGUUUUGAUAUUGAGAAAGUCAUAGCCGAAAACACUAGAAGUAAAACUACCACAUUACAUGCCAAAUUGGACGGUGAAAAUGCUGUCGUGUUGUUGGAAAAAACGCCGUUUGACUUGACGCACGUGAAGAAUUAUUUGACAGGGGAUACCACAUUGAAGAAUACACUUAAGAAUGAUAUAUAUGGCACAUAUGAAGCAUAUUUACCACCAACAGAGAAUGCUGUAAAAGCGGUUGUGAUUCAUCCGGCCACAGAGAAACACAUCCAGAAAUACUCUGACCAGGAGAUGUAUAUAGUCAGGGAGACUCCUGAGCUGUAUAGCAAAGUUACAUUGCCUCUCCUACAGAGCAGACAGUUUAGUAUGCAGUGGGUCUACAACAUCCUAGAGAAAAAGCAAGAAGCUGACCGUAUUGUAUUUGAAGAUGCAGAUCCUGAGACCGGCUUUAUACUGUUACCAGACAUGAAAUGGGACAGGAAAGAUAAGAAUGCUCUCUAUCUUGUGGGAAUUGUACACAAACAUGGAAUCAAGUCUCUUAGAGAUCUCAAUAAAACUUACCUCCCACUUCUGAAAAAUGUCCUUGCCAAAGGAAGGGAAGCGAUUCAGGAGAAAUACGACAUUCCCGCGAGCAGACUUCACGUGUACAUCCAUUACCAGCCUUCUUACUACCAUUUCCAUGUACACUUCACACAUAUCAAACUGGAAGCCCCAGGAUUUGGAGCCGACCGUGCCCAUUUUCUCACGGAUGUUAUAGAUAAUAUAGAAUUGAUGAAUGAUUAUUACGAGAAGCGAACAUUAACAUUUAUUGUUAGAGAACAGGAAGAUUUAUAUAUCAAGUAUAAGGAGCAUGGGUAUUUUGAUAAUGAAUGACAAACUGUUUGUUUACUUCCCUCUAACCACUGUAGCCUAGCAUUUAGGAGUCAGUUCUAUUAGAUAGAGGAAUUCACAGUGUCAGAUCAAAUUAAUAUGGUAUUACUAAUUAAAUGUUAAGUGAAGAAAUGGUUUAACAGAGCAAGUUCUUGUUGUUUGUCACAUACUGUCAGAGGAUAUAUUUCAUUCUGACACUUCAGAUAAAGUUGACUACACAAUGCUUGAAAAAGUUUGAACAAGUAAGAUAUGUUGCCGCUGCUAGAAAUUCAUUUUCAUGACCCAUCCCUAAGUCCUUAUGAAGAAGAGAGGAACAUUGCUUGCUUGGUCCUUGUGUUAGGCAAUUAACCAGUAACUAAAGAUCACUUUAGUUUACAGUGGCCAAACUUCAUGAUGGUCGCCUGUGGUUGCUAGAUGACAUCUGUUGUUUUUGGGGAGUCAGUAGGUCUGAUGUAAAGGUCAUAGUGACAUCAUAAUUGAAAGCGGUUUCUAAUCAGUACUCGGAGAAUGUUGUAAUAUUUUGUGUGUGUAUGCUAUAAUGACAAGUCAAAAGACAACAACACUAGAAGUGCGUCUAUAUAGUUUACUGUACAACCAAGAACUAAUAUUUUUUCAUUUUUCGUGGUUCAUUUUAAGCUUAUUUCUAACCUCUUUUAUUUUUAUUUGUUUGGGUAGUUACAGAUUGUUCAUUGUGGGUAAUGUCGAUCUCAGUCUUAUAGACAUCAAUAACUGUGAUGGUGAAAGACCACAUUUCAAGGGUGUUGUCCUCUACUCAAGAAUAGCCAUAUAUGGAUGUCUUUGGCUUUCUUGGACAAUUGCUUUAUUGUCUGUACAGUUUUUUCCACCAGACCGUUACUUUGGCUGAAUAGAGGACUACUGGUCACAUGGUCUAAGUUCCAUUCAUUGGCAGAUUUUUGAAAAGUUUCGCUCAUGUAGUACAUAGCAUUGUCAGAGACCAGUUUCUGAGGAAGGCCAUGUCUGGCAAAGGUACACUUCAGUUUCUUAAUUAUAGAAUCACUCUUGUUGUCAGUCUGCUAAAGUAGUCUACAGUGACUAAGAAGUCAUUUCAAAAUAGCAAAUUAGGGUCUAAAGUGAUUACAAUAUCUUGUGUAAAAUGUGUCUAGUCUUUUGGCUUCUUCUGCUGUUGUCAGUCCAGGUAUGUCUAAUAUCCUUUCCUUUGUCCCUUAACCACAAUUAGUAUGACACUUUCUCUGGCUUACUUUAUAUCUUUAGGUGGUCCACUGAAAAUUUAUACCAUAUGUCUUAUGAAUUUCUCAAAUUUUUUCUGGCAGUUCGUAUCAUUCCAGUUCAUGCAUGGUGGUACAAUCCCGUCCAUUGUUUCACAGUUUAAUCCUUUAUUUUUACAGUUUAGUUUAGUUUAAACAAUAUUUUAUUUUUUGAAGCAACAUACACAUAACAUGUACAACAAAUUUUUACAUGUCAAAUACAUGGAUUGGAAAACAAGCUGAUAGCUUAUGUAAAUUCCUUUCCAAAUUUUUACAGUUUAAUCAGUCAUAAUCACAAUCAAGUGUUCUAGCAGCAUGUGGUGUUCUUUAAACCCCUUACAUCUUGUAAUAUUUUGUGUGUACACUAAAAUGACAACUGUGUCUAUUUGGUUUAAUGUACAAUCAAGAACUGCGGGCUAUCUUUGAGUGGGGAAUGCUAUCACGUUACAAUCAGGUAUAUGGAAUUCUGGGAAGUGUAGACUAGCUAAAGAUUACUAAAUGUUACAAAUGCUUAGGCCUACAGUGAUCAAAAUUCAUAGUAUGAUUUUGGUCAGUAGAGGACACAUGUUACUUUGGACUUGAGUUAAUCAGAAAUCAAGGUUACAGCGACCUGGUGGUGGGAAAUGGUUUCUGAUGAAUAACUGUUACUUGAGAAUGCUUCAACUUUCAGGAAGUAAUAAUUUGAGAAAAAGAUUUGACAGUGAGAUUACCUGGACGAAAGAAAGGAGGUGGUCUUGUUUAUCACAUUGUGAGCCUUGUCUGAUGUACAUGUAUAAUGCUUUACAAAUGUAUCUCUAAUGAUAUACAUGUAUUUAGCGAUCUAAAUAAAAUAAAGUGUCUGAACAUUG